AUGGUAAUGAACAACCAAACUGUCAUCACCCAAUUCCUCCUAUUGGGACUGCCCAUCCCCCCAGAGCACCAGCAACUGUUCUAUGCCCUGUUACUGGCCAUGUACCUCACCACUGUCCUGGGGAACCUCAUCAUCAUCAUCCUCAUUCACCUGGAUUCCCAUCUCCACACACCGAUGUACUUGUUUCUCAGCAACUUAUCCUUCUCUGACCUCUGCUUUUCCUCUGUCACGAUGCCCAAAUUGCUGCAGAACAUGCAAAGCCAGGAUACAUCAAUCACCUAUGUGGGUUGUCUGACACAAAUGUACUUUUUCCUGCUUUUUGGAAGCCUGGAGAUCUUCCUUCUUGUAGUCUUGGCCUAUGACCGCUAUGUGGCCAUCUGUUUACCCCUUCAAUAUUCCAGCAUCAUGAGUCCCAAUCUCUGUGUGUGUCUGGUAGUACUCUCCUGGGUAUUUACUGUAUUAUACUCCCUGUUGCAUACCCUACUCUUGACUAGACUGUCAUUCUGUGAGGAUAACUUAAUCCGCCACUUUUUCUGUGACAUAACUGCCCUGUUUAAGUUGGCCUGCUCUGACAUUUAUAUUAAUGAAUUAACAGUAUUUAUCUUGGGAGGGCUUGUCAGUGUCACCUCAUUCUUACUCAUCAUUGUAUUCUAUAUACAAAUUGUCUCCUCAAUCUUAAGGAUUUCUUCUACUAGGGUAAUCCACAAGGUUUUCUCCACCUGUGGCUCCCACUUAUCUGUGGUCUCAUUGUUCUAUGGGACAAUUAUUGGUCUGUACUUUUGUCCAUCAUCUAAUAUCUCGACAGUGAAGGAGACCGGAAUGGCCCUUAUGUACACAGUUGUGACUCCCAUGCUGAACCCCUUCAUCUACACCCUGAGAAACAGAGAUAUGAAAGAUGCGCUGAUAAGAGUUCUUUUCAAGAAGAAAAUCUCUUUAUAA